CCCCCCGAGGCUUCCGGCGGGGCCGGCCCGGGAGCGGCGGCGGCGGCGGCGGCAGGAAUUGCUCAGAAAGCUGGUGUGCAAGAGGAAUGGAAGAGAACUCUGCUGAAGAGGUGGAUCACCCCCCAGGUGACACCAGCAUGGGGGUAGAUGUUUUGGAAUCGGGUGACACCACACCUCCUACCAAGAGGAAAAGCAAGUUUUCAAGCUUUGGCAAGAUCUUCAAACCCUGGAAAUGGAGGAAAAAGAAAAGCAGUGACAAAUUUAAGGAGACUUCAGAAGUUUUAGAACGAAAGAUUUCGAUGCGAAAGCCAAGAGAGGAGCUGGUAAAAAGAGGGGUUCUGUUGGAAGACCCUGAGCAGGAUGGUGAAGAACCAGACAAGCUGAACCCACCUGCCCUGAAGAAUGGCCACACGGUCCCCAUUGGUGGUCCGGGGGUUUGUAACCUGACCAGCCAGGAGGAAGAGGACACAAAGCCAUCCAGCCUUAGGAAGCCUGUUCCAGCUGAGGAACCAAAGAAAAGGCAGGGCUCCUCCAGCAGCCACUCUGGGCCUGAACUGGAACCACCUCAGGAGCCCUAUGUUCCCAGACAACCUCUGCUUCCUCCAAAAAGACCUCCCUCCACUUCCCAGGAGGCAAACGAAGCACAGGCCAAGGAUCCAACACCUUCCAGCAGCUCUGCAAGAACUGCCCCCUCCAGCACAGCCCCUGGCGUGACAAAGACAGUGAAUUCUACAGCUGCCCCUACCCCAGCCCCCAGGACUCUGCCCCCUGCUCUUGCCAGUGCCAACACUACUGCUCCCACCAGUACAACCAGCACAGCUCCUGCCAAACAGCCUCCUGUCCCUCCUCCCAAACCUGCCAACAGAAACAGCAACUCAGUCAUAGCUGAACUUUCUCACGCAAUCAGCAGUGGUACAGGCCUGUCCAAGCCUUCCCCUCCUCUCCCACCCAAGAGAGGCCUCCUGCCUAACAGCACCUCAGAGGCAGCCAUCCCUUCCAAGCCCCCAGGUGACAGGACAGUGACAACCAACCGCCCUGCAGUCACACCCCUGCACAUCACCCCUGCCUAUCCCCCACCCUCUCCCUCGCCACCCCUGCCCACACACAUCCCCCCGGAGCCUCCACGCAUGUCCCUGCCUGUCCCCCCCCCUGUCCUGGACCCUCCACGCUCCCUGGACCUACCCAAAGAGACUCCUCCUCCUCCUGAAGACUUCAGAUCCUCAGAAGUGUCCAAGAGGAUGGCAGAACAAGGCUUUGGGGAGCCCCACGUGCUGCCCCGCCUGCCCCAGGUCCCCCUGCACAUCCGGAUCCAGCAGGCUCUGGCCAGUCCUCUGCCUGUCACCCCCCCUGCCGAGGGGUCACACAGGGCUCACUCGCUGCUCUUUGAGAACGAUGGCUUUGGAGAGGACAGUGGGACCCUGGGCAGGACCAGGUCCCUGCCUGUCACCAUCGAGAUGCUCAAAGUUCCAGAUGAUGAGGAAGAGGAGGAAGAUGAGCAGGAAGAGGUGCAGAACUCAGGCCCUCGUGUGUAUAUUGGAGAUGUUCCAUCUGUCACCAUCAUCCCAAAGCUGGUACCUCAGGUGCUGCCUGAGGAGCAGGAGGGAGAUGAAGGGAUGAGCGACUCUGACUCGGAGGGGCCCAUCCUGUACAAAGAUGAUGAGGAUGAGGAGGAAGAUGAAAGCCAUAACAGUACACUGGCAAACAAGGUGAAGAGGAAAGACACCCUGGCAAUGAAGCUGGGGAGCACGGCCACCCCACAGGAGGAGAAGGUUGUUUUCCCUCGGAAGAGCAGGGAGGAGUGGAAUGAAAUUCGGCAGCAGAUCGGGACGACACUGAUCAGGCGACUGAGUCAGAGACCCACAGCAGAAGAACUGGAGCAGAGGAACAUACUUCAACCAAAAAACGAAGCUGACCGACAAGCUGAGAAGAGAGAGAUCAAACGCAGGCUGACCAGGAAGCUCAGCCAGAGACCUACAGUGGCAGAGCUGCAGGCCAGGAAGAUCCUGAGGUUUAAUGAAUACGUGGAGGUAACGGAUGCCCAAGACUACGACCGGCGAGCGGAUAAGCCGUGGACAAAGCUGACCCCGGCUGACAAGGCUGCCAUCCGGAAGGAGCUGAAUGAGUUUAAGAGCUGUGAGAUGGAAGUCCACGAGGACAGCAAGCAGUUCACCAGGUACCAUCGACCAUAACCCUCCAAGAAGGGAGCAAGAGACCCGAGAGGACCAGAAGUUCUCUGCCUCCCUCUCUCAGGCAAUAGAACGAGGGUGAAACCUUCCAAGAUUUGCCUUCAAAAACAUCUCCAGGAAAAGGGCUUUUGGCCAGGGAAGGGGGAUCCUGUCUGAAUGUAGCAUUUCACUGGAACAAACAUGUCUCGAGUGCCAUCAGGCUGGAACUGAACACUAUACCUCGUGUGGCUCAGCAAUACUCCUCUGCCAGGACACCAGGCACGUGUCCACGGGUCAUUCCCCAACUCCCUUUCUCAGCCUGGACAGGCCCAGUUCUCAGCUGUAAAUACUCCUUUUUGGGGUGCAACUCCCUUUCCUCCUCUUUACCAGGAGGAAGGGGUGGAAAAAAAAAAAAAAGGCAGCUCUGGUGUUGGCAAGCUGAGGGAUGGAGAGUGGACGUGCUAGGAAGCACGUGUGUGUGUUAGUUGUGUGCAGAGAACCUUGCUCAGAUGCUGACCUGGCACACAACUGACGUGGGACUUGGAAUUCUCUUUGGUUUUCAUUGUGUUUCUGUCAUGUCCUGAAUCACUACUGACCAACGGUUUGUUGCCCUGGAAGGGAAUUGUAUAGAUAUUAACAUAUGCUGCAUCUUUUUGUAAAAAAAAAAAAAAAAGGAAAAAAGACCAAAAAAAAGGACAAAACCCACAACUUUUAACUGUACAAAACAUUCCCUCCCCACUGUCUCACACUUGCUGUGAUGUUAACAGGUCUUGUCUUGGGAUAUCCAGGCUUGUUUAACAAAUUGCAGAACCAGGAAAACGACUGUUGCCUUUUAAAAACUUGUUAACUUGGGGAAGCUGGAAGAGUCAUCAUGUCUUUUUAUUGUG